CAAAAUGUUUCGAUUGAUAGUAUUCUUUUCAGUUUUUAUGGCAUAUACGAGAUCUGUUGAACUUGGAGAUAACCUUUACCUUAUCACAUCACCAUAUACAUAUCCCGCUGACAAAAAUGUAACAGUGACUGUGGAUGUUUUUGGUUCAAAAUCUUGUAAUGUCACACUGCGACUAAAGAAGAGAAACGCUCAUAUUACAACUGGAGGAACUGUAAAACCUGGAGUGAGAGGAGCAUUUACUUUAAAAAUACCAUCUGCAGUGGUCCAUAAUUACAGGCAGGAGACACGUUUGACUUUUAUGCAACCAUUUGCGGAAAAAGGACAAAAUCGAAAAGCGUGCAAGUAGUGCAUGUCAAGAAAAGUAUAAUAUUCAUCCAAACUGAUAAACCAAUCUAUAAGCCAGGACAAAAAAUACGAAUGCGUAUAAUAUCUUUGGAUGAAGAUUUAAAACUUAAGGGAGAAAGAGUUAGUUACAUUUUAGUUUUUCUAUAUUCUGAACGUGAAAAAAACCCGUUUGACUUUACAAUUCUUUUUAGGUGGAUAAAGUUUAUGUGGUAAGAACAACAAUGCUUAUAAUCAUUAAAUGUUUUAUAAACGUGGAAAUAAACUAAAAACUUAACAGUUUAUUGAGUGUUAACGUGAUUUCAAUUGUCAUUAAAAAGACAGCUUCUUCCACAAGAAUCAAACAAUGGAAUAAUAUAACAAUGGAAGAUGGACUGGCAAGUUUGGAGAUGCAAUUAUCAAAAGAACCAGUAGAAGGAGAUUACAAAAUAACAGCUAUUGUUGGUAAGAAAACAAAAGUUCGAAAAAUCAUCGUCAAAAAAUACGUUCUUCCGAAAUUUGAAGUGAAGAUUACACCACCAUCAUAUAUAGCCUUGGAUCAGAAAAACUUUGACACAAAAAUAUGUGCAAAGUAUACUUAUGGGAAAAAUAUGAGAGGAAUUUUGAACGUGCAAAUAUGUUUAAAGCAUGAAAAAUAUGACUACACGAACGGAUGGGGUCAAGAAAAUCUUACAAAACCUGCCAGAACAUUACAAAAGAGAUUGACGGCUGUACAGAUAUUGUUACAACACGUCAGGAUUUAAAUUUUGCUGAUAUGACCAGCACAUGGAACGCUGAAUUCAUAAUUGAAGCUAAAGUUAAGGAAAGUUUAACUGGAGUAACACUAAAAGACCAUGCUAAGAUAACACGGUUGCAUAAACGCUCUGUGUCGUUGUCCUUUGCUGGAAGUUCAGACAAGUUUAAACCUGGUUUACCAUAUAAAUAUGUGCUUAAAGUGACUCGUCCUGACGGAAAGCCGGUCACAGGAGCAAACAUUCGUAUUACUGCAAGACGAGGCUAUUUCUCAUUUCCAUACGAUAAGCAAUUCACGGUGAAAAACGGUUAUGUUGUGGACUUUGUAGUUGUAAAAACUAUCAAGUCAAUGACUCUUGAAAUGAAGGCUGAAUUGUUGGAUAAAAAUCCAUAUCCAGUAAAAACGUAUGGAAACGCUGUUACUGCACAUAAAUCUGUAGAACCAUGGUACUCGCCAAGCUCCAGUUACCUGAAAAUAACUAAAAAUACAACAACUCCAGUGAAGAUUGGCCAAGAAACGUUUCUUAUGGUCCACUACACAAACGGAAUGGAUAAGAGAAAAAAAUCAAAUUUUAUUAUUCUGUGAAAUGUGGUGACUUUAGCAUAACUGGAGUGUAUAACCAAAUCAUUGACUAUGCUCAAAAGAUUGAAAAAGCAAAAAAGGCAAAGCCAUUGGUUGGGAAAUUUCAGUUGAAGAUUCCAGUAACAAUAGACAUGAUAUCAUCGUGUCGUGUGAUGAUUUACUACGUAAGAAAAGACAAGGAAGUUGUAGCUGAUUCAUUUGAUUUUGAUGUUGAAGAUAAAUUGAAGAAUGAGGUAAUGAUUUUAAUUUUUAUCUCUGAUGCUCCUAUCUUUGAGGUAUGAGUUUUAACAUUUUCAGAUGUUUUCACUGUGUUUGAAAAACAAAAAACAUACAGGAAUAAAUAAAAAACUUUCAAUCUAUCUAAUAUUUCACUGCUUCAGGUGUCAGUAAGUUUUGAGGAAAAA